AUGCGCUUCAUCCAGGAACUCGCUAUCGCUAUCGUCAGUCUCGCGCCGCUGGCUUCGGCUGUUGACUCAUAUAUACAUUCUCGACAGACCCAGCAAAGCCUCAGCAAUGCGCUGUCAAGCCACGCCGAUCUCUCCACGUUCAACGAAAUUCUGAGCAGCUAUCCGAGCAUUACAAGUCACAUAACCGCUAGGACGAAGAACGAAUUCACCCUCCUCGUGCCGACCAAUGAUGCCCUCGCCAAGUUUCUUCAACAGUCCAACGUCAGCCGUAUCACGCAGCUUCCCGUGAACCGACUAUUGACCGUCUUCCGAUAUCAUAUCCUGGAUGCUCCGAUGACGGCCUCGAAUUUCAGUGCGCCCAAGGGUAUCAUGGUCCCUACCAAACUUCGAGAUGAGCUCUUCAACCUUCAGACACCAGGCCCUGCCAUCAUUGGCCAGUACGGUCAGGACGCUCAGGGUCAAGUGCUUUUUGUUUCGCCGAGCACCAUUAAUCCCACCAAGUUCAGAGUUAGGCAAGGGACCUCCUCUGAUGAUCACACCGCAAGCCUGCGCGGAGGCCUUGGUCAGACUGCCGAGCUCACAUCGAUCGAUGGGGUGUGGGAUGGUGGAUACUUUCAAUCUGUUGAUGCUUUCCUAGAAGCGCCGACAGGAUGCUCCAUCACCAUCAAGAAGCUCUCAAGCUCACUAUCGGCUCUCGGAGAUGCAUUGGACAAGAUAAAGCUAUGGAAACAGCUCAACAAGACCGCCAACAUCAUAUGCCUGGGACCUGAUACCGCUGCUUUCAGGGAAGCAGGUAGCCUUCAGAGUUCUCUCGGAAACGAAGACCUCAGAAACGCAUUGCUCGACUUCCUCGUAGAUGGUCAGGAAUUCACAUCGAUGGCUAACGUGACUGUCCGCGUCACGAUUAAGGACAACGAGAUCUGGUUCAACGACGCAAAGGUCAUCAGCCCCAACGUUCUGUAA